GCUUUGUCAUUGUCAAACUUAAAUUUCGGUGCGUGCAUGAUGAGUUCGUGCGUGUUUUACAAUGUGUUCGAAUAGCAUGUGCUAUGUGCAUUGAUCGAUACAUGCGCACUUAAGUUUUUUUAAUUAUAUGGAUCAAGUUUUCCAGAAACAUAGUUUAAUUAGUAUCAGGCCUUAACAAGAAUCAAAAUGGAAGAAAAUACACCUACUGUUAGUUUGGUCUCCUGUAUGCACUUUGUGCGCCGCGGGGUAGCCAAAGAAGUUCCUGAAAAGAUUGAGCUGACGGAGAAAGAGCUUGAGAAAAUUAUAAAGCAAACUGCAGAUGAGUUGCGUUUGACAGAGAGAGGAGAAGAUGUAUCAGAUGAUGAGGCUGAGGCAGGUCCCAGCUCCGCCCGACCUCCUCCAGAGAAUCCCAAUGAUGAGUUUGAUUUUGAAAAGUAUGAUGAGGAAGAUUCAACUAACCCAGUGGGCAUAGGAACAGUAGCAACUUUACCCAACUUGGGAGAUUUGAGCGACAAUGUUCAAAUUAGGACGGACGGGCCGGACAGCGACGAGGAAGAUGAUAUCAUCAAGCCCAGCGACAACCUGCUGCUCGUCGGGCACGUGGAGAGUGACGCCAGUGUUCUGGAAGUCUACAUUUUCAACAAAGAAGAAGAUUCUUUUUACGUACACCAUGACAUCGUUCUGCCGUGGUUCCCGCUGUGCAUCGAGUGGCUGAGCCACGAUCCUUCAGACACCAAACCAGGUAAUCUUUGCGCCCUAGGGGGCAUGGACUCCGUCAUUCAGGUGUGGGAUCUGGACAUCGAGAACUGCCUCGAGCCAGCCUUCAAACUCGGCCGGAAACCCAAUAAGAGGAAGAAGACCCAGAGAGUUGGCCAUAAAAAUGCUGUUUUGGACAUGUCUUGGAACAGAAAUUUUACACAUGUUUUGGCUAGUGGGUCUGCUGACAACACGGUGCUGUUGUGGGACCUGGACCAGGGAACCCCCCACACGAAACUGGACUAUUUUCAGGACAAAGUACAGUCUCUGAGCUUUCACUUGCGCGAGCCGCAGACGCUGUUGUCGGGGAGCUGUGACGGCGCGGCGCGCGUGUCGGACUGCCGCGACGCGGCGGCGCACCGCGCCUGGCGGCUCGGCCCCGAGAUUGAGCGCGUCGCCUGGGACCCCCACAACCCCUACUGUUUUGCAAUGAGCAAUAACGAGGGCCGCGUGGCGUACGUGGACGUGCGACACGAGCAACCCGUGUGGGACAUCGCGGCGCAUGACAAGGAGGUCACAGGUCUCAUCCUUAGCGAAAUUCCCGGCCUAAUGGUUACCGUCAGCACGGACGGCAAACUCAAGACUUGGGACAUCCAAAGGUCGCCGCCGGCGCAGGUGAGCGAGCGCGCGAGCCGCGUGGGGCAGGCGCUGUGCGCGGCCGCGUGCCCCGAGGCGCCCUUCUCGCUGGCGUUGGGUGGCGACAACAAGGAGUGCUUCAUCGAGAUGCUCGACCUCGCCGCCAACGAACAAGUAUCCAGCCUGUUCGAACCGCGAGCCGCGGCCGCUGCGCCUGCCGCCGGCGCCACCGCCAUGGAGACGUAGACCCCAAUAAAUAUACUACCAACACACCAACAUACACGCGUUAAUGUUGUUCGUUGAAUUACCUUCAAGCACAUUCACAUUAGGCUCCUAGAUUGCGGCCAACGCGGUAUCAAUGCCCUGUAACUGUAAGAUACAUGUUUUAUGUGUCUCCAUUCUUGAUAAGGAAGUAAAUCUAUCACCUCUAUAGCUUGCUCGAAGUUUAGAAUAUAGCUGUUAGUUUGCUGGACAAAGCCUUUGAACAUGCUCUAUUUUAACGGAAAAUAAUCAAGCAACAUUCAAGGAACAAAGAGUUAGUGACUGUAGAAGAAGUGUAGUCUGAGCAAAAUCGAUGUAUGCACAUGUGGCGCCACGUUUUAUGGUAACUGAACUGUCAGAAAUAAAUAUUUGACAACCAAAGUAACAAAUAAUAUAUGGAGUCUAUAGGACAUACAUCAACUUAGAAGACGAAUGUUUCUCACUCUUUAUUGUUACCUCUUCUACUAUUCAUAACUCUUUGGUUGAGAAAAUGCACUUUGAUGUUGUCUUAAUAUAUUAUCACAUGUUGAUGUUGGAUUAUAUAAUAUUCUAAGUGUAAUCAACAUAAUAAUGUAUGCUCUUCGUUCUGAUAGUCUAUAGGAUCAGUUUGUAUUAACAUAAGUGUACAUACAAUCUAUAUUUAGCUACCGGAAAAAAGUUUAUAUUUAAGCAAGAUAUAGUAGGGGUGCUAUUUUGAUGUUUAUAGACCAUACGUAUAUGUUUGUUGUAAUAAAAAAAAUGUUCAACA